CCAUUUCUGCAGCGGGGCAGUAGGAAGUGAGAGAGCUGGGCCUGUGUGGCGGAGGAAUACACAUCUCGAGCUGCUUUCCAUCGAAAACGCGUAUAGUCCGCCUGAGCCUACACACCUACAUUUUAACUUGAGGACCUGUAUACCGGGGACGCUCCUCGCAUAGUCUAGUUUUCGUGCAUUAUCUCAGCUUGACUCCUUCAAACAUGGCUGAUCAACUAACGGAAGAGCAAAUCGCAGAGUUCAAGGAGGCUUUCUCCUUAUUCGACAAGGACGGCGAUGGCACCAUCACAACCAAAGAGCUGGGCACAGUCAUGAGGUCGCUCGGUCAGAACCCCACAGAGGCCGAGCUACAGGACAUGAUCAACGAGGUCGACGCUGACGGAAACGGAACCAUCGACUUCCCAGAGUUCCUGACCAUGAUGGCCAGGAAAAUGAAGGACACAGACAGUGAGGAGGAGAUCCGUGAGGCUUUCCGGGUAUUUGACAAGGACGGCAACGGCUACAUCAGCGCCGCCGAGCUGCGCCACGUCAUGACCAACCUGGGCGAGAAGCUGACGGACGAGGAGGUGGACGAGAUGAUCAGAGAAGCGGACAUCGACGGCGAUGGCCAGGUCAACUACGAAGAAUUUGUACAGAUGAUGACUGCAAAGUGAAGCCUGCCCAUCCCUUCCUGCCCUCUUAGAAGAAAAAAAAUCAAAUGUUUUACUUACCUCUUGGAAAAAAAAUGUUCAUUUAUUCAUAAUGUUUCUGUAUAGAAAAUAAUUGAAUGUUGAAAUAAAAAUAUCCUUCUGUCCACACAGAAAAAUAAGUUUAAAAAAAAAACAUCUGCAUGAAGUGGUUAGUGAUCCUGUCCCCAAAGAAAUCAGUUUAGCAUCAGUAAUAAUAAUAAACGAGAAAAAUAAAGUACUACUAUGUAUCUACCUUCAAAAACUGAAGAGAAACAGCAUCUGGUGAACUCCUUAAGUUCCAUUUGCUCUUGACAAAGUUUGGGCUGGCCAUCUUUCUUCUCUCUGUUUUCUGUUCUUACAUGCAUGCAGCUGGAGUGUGGGGCCUGGUCUCCAGCCAGAGCGUGCUGAUUCCACUGAAUUGUCGUAUCGUUGGUUUGGUACAGUUUUUUGUAUAUUGAGAGGAACCCUAAGAUGAAGAGGAAAAAAAAAUAUGAAAAGAAAGCUCUUAAUUUUCGCAGUGGACAGUGGAAUGGGACUUUUAUUGUAUGGUGGGAUUGAAAAAAAAAUAUUUAAAAAGUGACAAAAAAAACAAACAAAAAUGAUACAAAAAAAUAAACAUUUUAAAUGUUUGGCAUGUUUUAUUUUUUAUUUAGGUUUUUUUUUUUGCUCCUGCUCCUUUUAUUUACAAAUCUGUUGUUUUCCCUGUCUUCCCAACUCCUUACUUUCUUUGUGUUCUUUUUGGACGGCCAUGUUUUUGUGCCUCUUGCUUUGGGCAGUAGUGGUGAUGGCAUUGGUGGUGGUGGUGGUGGUGGUGGUUGUGGGUGAUGGAAUAUCUGGGGAGGGUGUGGG